UUAUUGGAGCUUCUCUCUUUCGAUACGUCACCAGCUGUGUAACGUGUUCCCACCUCUUGCUGCUCUUUUGCCGCUCCCAAAAACCGACUUCUUUUUCACUAUUCCCAAACGUAUACUCUUCAAUAGAACAACACAAAAUUCUCCACAGCAUCUCUCCACUCUUUCAAAGGUAAAAUGGCUGAACAAGGAGGAACAGAGACUUCAGCACCUGCUUUUGAUUAUAUGCUCUAUGAAGGGGAUCCUGAUCAUCUUCGAACAGUUGUAGCAACACCAAGUCAACCAAAUCCUCGUAUUGACUCUUCACUGUUGAAACUUAAGCACAGAAUUGGACAUGGACCUUUUGGUGAUGUCUGGUUAGCCACCCACCAUCAAUCAGGACAUGAUUAUGAUGAGUAUCAUGAAGUUGCCAUGAAGAUGUUACAUCCAAUAAAAGAGGAAGACAUGACAAAGUUUCUUGUUAAGUUUGAUGAGUUAUUCCUCAAGAUCCGUAAACUGCAAAGUGUUUGUUGGUUGCAUGGUAUCUCCAUCAUAUCCCAAAAGGCCUUUCAACAUAUAUGUAUUGCCAUGAAAUUUUAUGAAGGAUCAGUGGGUGAUCGAAUGGCAAAACUUAAAGGGGGAAAACUUCCAUUGCCUGAUGUAUUGAGGUAUGGUGUGGGGUUAGCUAAAGGAAUCCAUGAAGUCCACUCAUUAGGAAUCUUGGUGUUAAAUAUCAAACCAACUAAUCUUCUCCUUGAUGAACAUGAUCAAGUGGUUCUUGGAGAUUUUGGGAUCCCAUAUCUUCUUCUUGGAGUCCAACUGCCUGACCCUGAUAUGUCUUUUAGGCUUGGAUCCCCAAACUACAUGGCUCCAGAACAAUGGGAGCCUGAUGUCAGAGGUCCUAUAAGUGUGGAGACUGAUAGUUGGGGAUUUGGAUGCUGCAUUUUGGAGAUGUUGACUGGUGGUCAACCUUGGUUUGGUAAGUCUGUUAGCGAGAUAUAUAAUUCUGUUGUGUUGAAAAAAGAAAAACCACAGCUUCCAAGUGGUCUCCCCCCUGCUAUUGAAAAUGUUCUUAAUGGAUGUUUUGAGUAUGAUCUUCGUAACAGACCUCUCAUUGGAGAUAUUCUUCAAGCAUUCGAAAGCGCGCGUGACACGGUGUCCAACGAUGGAGAAUGGAUUGGUGUAGGAAACAAAGUGACACUGAAUAGAACAUCCGGAAGCUUCUACUCAACAUGGUUUCUCACAAAAGAUCUUCUACAAGUGGGCGAUAUCGUCCGAUCACGAAAAACACCAAACAAUUGCAAAAACAUGGCGGUGGCUGAAGGAACAAUAGUCGGUUUGGAAAAAGACACCGAUCGAGACGGUUUCGUUCUUGUUCGUGUCCAAGGAAUCCACAACCCGUUAAGAGUAAACAUCACCACUCUAGAAAGAGUCACUUCCGGCUUAGCCUCUGGAGACUGGGUGCGCUUAUCAGACGAGAAUCGGAAUCGGAAUCACUCAUCCAUCGGAAUUCUACAUUCCAUAGAUCGUGACGGAAGUGUACGUGUCGGUUUUAUCGGACACGAGACUCUAUGGAAAGGACACUGCGAACAACUCCAGAUGGCGGACCCGUAUUCCGUUGGACAGUUUGUGAAAGUGAAAGGGAAUGUGUUAAGUCCUCGGUUUCCGUGGUUACAUAAACGGAAUGGAAUAUGGGCGACAGGUAGGAUUACGGAAAUACUUGCGAACGGGUGUCUUGUUGUGAAGUUUCCAGGGAGGUUUGUUUUUAGAGGUGAAAGUGAUACGUUUUUGGCUGAUCCGAGUGAAGUUGAGCAUGUUUCUUUUGAAACAUGCUCAACUUUGGUUGACAAGUUUGGACACGUGGAGGAUUAUCAUUGGGCUGUGAGGCCGUUGACUAUUGUGUUUGGUGUGCUUACGGCUUUGAAGGUUGGGUUUGUUGUGGGCCAUAGUGUGGGUGGUAGAUUGAAGAAAGGUGCUAGGAAGACUCAUGGCGGCGGCGGUGGUGGUGGUGGUGGUCAGGAUGGGCAGAAUAGUGGCGGCAAGUCGAAGUGGCUUCCGUCGCCUGUGGCGAAUAUGCUAUCUAGGGAAGGUAGUGCACCUCCUGUUGCAGCCAGAUGAUGUUAUAAAUAGGUAAAAAAAAACUAUUUGAGAUGUUCAAAAUCACGGUUGUUUUUUAAAAAAUUACUAUAAAAAGGUAAGCAACUUGAAUGUUUUGUUCAUGAGGGACCUUUGGUGUGAACAAAACGUUUUAGUUGCUUACCUUAAGAUAGUACUUUUUAAAACAAUUAUGUUUUGUACAAAACAAAUAGUAUGAAAAGUUGUUUAUAUUGUGAAUAUAUGGAUCCUGUUCUCUAUUUUCAAUCAAAUGUAUUCUUCUAUUUCUUUCA